ACACGCUGAGAGACAAACAGAGCAGCUAUUGUUAGCUGCGGCGCAGCCUGCAGGUUGUGUCAGAGUUUAUCCCACGCUCACCACCUACCUGUUGAAUAUUCACACCAUUAAUUUAAAAGCGAGGGUCGACUCACUCAAGAACGAAGUCAAAUCUGAGGCGAGGAAAGGAAAAGUGUUCGCGGAAGGAAGGAAGGAACUGAGGAAAGCUUGGAGGAAAGAAGGAAGUAAAUAAGGACAACACGACCGUUGGGCUUGGAACUCAACAGGUUAGCUACUUCAAUGUUAUAGCAGCGGCUCGGACUUUUUAAAUUUCCCACGUCGAAAAACACACGAAGACAACGAAAAAUGCCGUUGGGACCGUGGAGGAAGAAAAACAAAUCGACGAAGGAGCAGUUGGUGGAAAACGAGGAGGUCAGCGGCGGACACGCAGGUGCCGGGAGCUUGAGUAAAUCCGCCGUGAACGGAGCGGGGCUCCCGCCUCCACCUGCCAACCUGCGGCCCAAGCUGGUCUUCCACACGCAACUGGCGCACGGAAGCCCCACCGGCAGGAUCGAGGGAUUUACCAACGUGAAGGAGCUGUACGCGAAAAUAGCAGAGGCGUUUAAUAUAAGCCCACCUGAGAUCCUGUUCUGCACCCUCAACACCCACAAGAUUGACAUGGAGAAGCUGCUGGGGGGCCAGAUCGGCCUUGAGGAUUUUAUCUUCGCCCACAUUAAAGGGAUCAAGAAGGAGGUGGAGGUUUAUAAAUCUGAGGAUGCUCUGGGCCUCACCAUCACCGACAACGGUGCAGGAUACGCUUUCAUAAAGCGCAUCAAAGAGGGCAGCGUCGUGGACGGGGUGAAGGUGAUCUGUGUGGGCGACCACGUGGAGUGCAUCAACGGACGGAACAUCGUCGGGACGCGGCAUUACGAGGUCGCCCGCAUGCUUAAAGAGCUGCCCAAAGACAAGUCCUUCACCCUCAAACUGGUCGAGCCGAUGAAGGCCUUCGAAAUGCUUGAGCCCAGGUCAAAGGGUGCCAAACCUGCCAGUGACAACAAGAUCGGCACAGGGAGGGGGACUCUGAGACUUCGAUCCAAGGGCCCAGCCACUGUAGAGGAGGAGCCGACAGAGUUUGAGGAGAAGGCGGUAAAGAAAGUGGACGACCUCCUGGAGAGCUACAUGGGCAUCAGAGACACUGAACUUGCCGCUACGAUGGUCGAGGUCGGCCGCGACAAGAAGAACCCGGACGAAUUCGCCAUGGCGUUGGAUGAAACCCUCGGAGACUUCGCCUUCCCCGACGAGUUUGUCUUUGACGUCUGGGGGGCCAUCGGAGACGCCAAGCAGGGACGAUUUUAAGUUUGCUCCUGCCUCCCCGAAACACACACACACACACACACACACACACACACACACACACACACACACACACACACACACACUCUCCCUCCUUCCCCCAACUCACCUCAUAAUAUCCUCAGAAGCAAACUGGACUAACUUCCAACUCGCACAAACGGGGGGCGGGUGAAGUGUUCUUAGGUGUAGCUUUGCACUCGGAUGGAGCGUCUAAAAGCGUCGACUUUACAGAAGGAAUCUAACAUGUCAGCAUUUCAGUGUAAUCUCGGAAAGCUAUCCAUGAAAUGUGGAAAGCAGUUUCCAACGCUGGACCUGCCUCCUGCACACUGAGGAGUCAGUGAUUAAUUCCAGAUGUUGUGUAAACCUUUAGUGGACCCCCUUUGAGACACGAUCGCAUCCUGAAAGCUCAUGAUGCUGUUCUCCUGUCAGGGCAGCAAACCGAGUCAACAGUGGUCUAUUACACUGGUCAUGAAAUGGUAUGUGCACACCUUACAUUUUAAAGCAAUCACUCAGUUUUAAUCACACCUUGUAGCUGUGUCUUUUUGAAUAUACAGACGUAUCACACAGCUUUUUUUAUAUGUGAAAGUGUUGCUGAUUUUACAGCAGCAGCAGCAUUGUGUAAUUAGUGUAAUUAUAGCGAUUGUAGCAAUAUUUCUCUCUCGAACUACCUUUUUAUUUCCCUCCUGUCUUUUAAAAUCUUUGAAAUGACCUCACAGUGGAGCUUUUGGCCACGUUCACGCCACUAAUGUCCGUUUACUUUGUGAUUUUCUUGAAAUUCUUCUUCGUGCCCUUCCACGUCUGACCUUGAGCCUUUCAUCCAGCCGUGAGAGACGGAGCAAUACAGAGUUUCAUCUUUAAAUGCCUUUAGCUCGACAUUCCACCAACAUUCCUUAUGUUUCUCAUGUUGUUGUAGUCUGUUAGCACUGCUGACGUGUCGUGAAAUGAGGCUUAUUCAGAAAUGCACGCUUAUUUUUUUUCCUGUAAUUUAUUUUACCAUGAAAAAUCAAAUGCUGUCAGACAUUUUUUUCUCUGAGACGAGGCUCAGCGUGAAAGAACCGUCUUUCCUAAAUAAGCCAUUUUGAAGUGGGAUCAAUUGCAAUUCAACGUCUUCACUAAAUGAACUGGCAUUCAUGUAACUGCACUAUUUAAAUCACUGUCAAACUGAAUUUAAAUAGUGACUUGAUUAGUGUCAUCUACUGAUGUCAGCUGUUGGCAGCAGUUGCACGUUGUUUGACAAACCAUAAGGGAUUGUUAUUGUUGGAUAGACAAUAAAUUUGAUGUACUGUUUACAGCUGUGUCACGAAUACAUCCGGCUCACAACGAAACAACGUGAAAUGAACACAAACGACUCAGUACGACAAAACUGUAUUUGCACACUUGGCCGUGUACGUGUAUAAAAUACAUCAAGACACUUAACCAACGAUUUCAUCCCUCAUUUAGUCUCACAAGGCUGGUUUGGGGGAAAAAAAAACAAAAACAAACGUGUGGUGUCACUUCACAAGCAGCAAAACAAACUCAGAACAGGAAAAAACAUACAUGUAGAUAUAGCGAUUACAGUAAGUUUACAUAAAUUGGCAGGAUUAAAUGAAUAAUAUAAUGAAGACUGGACAAUAAAAAUCAGAAGUUGUAGCGCAUGGUGAAUAUUGUCACAGAUAUAAUGAACAUACUGUAGAGGAUCUUUGGAAGCACGUUACAGAAGGUGUUAAAAUGAUCUAUCUUGACUAAUAUGAAGAACUGUGUCAUUGCUGCUGGGGGGAAAACAUAACUCUGCUGGUUAAAAUGAAUUUCGGUCGUGUGCAGCGUGACUGUAGCUUUCACGGUCGUGUCCUGACAAACCAAAUGAGGCAAGUUAGCUGAGAAACUUGGCAAAUUCCAGAUGUGAAGUUUCCAUCCAAGAACAGCGAGAGUGAGAGGUGAUGAGUUAACUUGACUAGCUUGAGUUGGUAAUAUCCUCUACAGACAGUACGUACAGUUUAUGGCAUUUAAUUAACAGAUUACAAAUGUACACGGUUUAAAACAAUGACAGGAAGAUGAGCCGUCGUGUUGGAGGACGAGAAGAAAAUACUCAAGCACCUUUUUAAUGGUUGGCUUGGUCUGGUCGGUGAGAUGGAGCCCCGCUGUCUAAAGUGUGAGUAGAAAUAGUGAGCGGGG